ACUCUUACAUGUACCAGUAUUUGCAGCUGGCAGUGUUAGGGCAAUGGGCAAAUGACUUCGAGUUGGUCUCUAGAGUACGUGUGACUGUUGUACUGAUAGGGUACUUAACUAUACGUGUUGUCCGCAUUUUAAGCAGUAUAUACUUAUUGCGACAAUUGUGGCUGUAUAUAUCAUAGUGUUGUUUAUUUGCUUGUUCUAACUUCUAGUGAGUUGAUGUGAUGCGAUGUGUGAAAUAUUAAAUUAGAAGCAAAUGAGUGUAUUCUCUUUACCACAUCAUUGCAUGAAGCCCUGUGCUAUAUUGACUCAGGAAGGAGAAGCUAUUAUAACACAAUGUUCAUUCAUUAAUUUCCUGGAUAUUCAGAUGUUCAUUCAUUGUGUGAAAAAAUCAGCAAGAAUGGUUAUAAUGACGUAUGACUCUUAUAAAAAAAAAAAAUUGGAAGGAUGUGUUGCAAGAAAAAUUUGGUGAUUUGUGCAUUUCAUAUCCAAAAUACCUAUUUUAAGCUAUAAUUUUUUUUCACCAGUUGUCAUGUCUGAUAUCAUAAGUAUUUAUUUCAGUCAUCAUAUUCAUUGCUUGUUGGGUAAAAUCAGCUUUUCCUUACCAGUUUUGUGCUUACAGUAAACUAGCAUCUUUAGAGAAAAAGAUUGCCCAAGCAUAUUUGAGUUCAUUUAACAUACCUAUAAACAUUUUCUACCAUUGUGAAUCAGUAAAAGUUAUAUUGUAGUACAUGUAUAUGUUUUAAAUCAAAUGUAAAUGCAUGAAAAUUAUCAGAUUUUCCAAAAUGCACCACUGUCUGAUGUAAUGUGGCCAUCGUGUCAUAUUCCGAAACCUAAGUUUCACGAAUAGGCGCAAGGCAAAGAAUUUAUAUAAGAGAGGUUGACCCGCUGUUUUAUUUCACUACCUCUAUACAAGACACUUCACAGCAGUCUCCUAUGGUCGAUAUUUUGUCACAGUGAACUGCAUUGCGGGAUAUUUUGAUCCUCCAAGGGACAGGCUCAAUGGGUCACUCUUGACCCUCUGUAAAAUGCGAUUGACUUAAUUGAUAAAGUGUAAACCAUCAUAUGGGCGAAGGUCUUUGUUUUACCAAUCUUACAAUUUUAAGUAUGACUAAUUAAAGUCAACUUUGUUGUCUAUUUUAAAACUAUAGUAUAUUAUAAUACUGCUGUAUAUAGCCUCUAGCUGACUUAAUGAAAUGCAUAAUUAAUAAAUUAUAUGCUAUUAAUUCCACAAACGUUAAAUUUGAAUUGUAGGAAGCUGCAGUUUAAUAUAUGCUAUGCUGCACAUCUUACUUAAAAAACACUGACAUCUGGAGAGGUAAAUCUAAAACUGCAUACAAACAAAGAAGUAUUUUCAAAAGCCUGAAAGUCAAUGUGGUCCAUGUGUUCUCCCUCUGUUAUCCCUCCCACUGCCUAACAGCAUGGCCAGCAAACUGCUUGCCUGCAUUUUAAAUGUGUGACUUCAGGUGUUAAUUUUGUUGCUUUUCAAUUUAAUUGUAUUUAGUCCUACAGACUUUUUCAUGUCAAGGGUUGAUAUUUUUAAUGUUCAGCUAAAACUGCUAAAAUGACAUGGCUGUUUACAUGAAGUCAGCUUUGCAAAACUAGCCAAACCUAGCUUAAGAGAAUUUUACAAACCAUUGGAGCACAUUAAAUGCUAAAACCUAAAUGCAUUACUAACUGUUACCACUAGCGGUUACCAGUGAGAGUAAAAAUCAUUACAAAGGCAAUCACAAUUAACACUUUGCUACAUGUGGCUUGGUGAAUAAACCUGAAAAAGAAUUUAUGCAUCUUUAAAAUUCUUUGUGAAAAGCAACAUGGGCAAUUAAUUUUUUUCAUUAGUCUUUGAAAAAACUGAAUUUUGACUUAUGGUCGGUCAGCUUGUGAAACAGACCCUUGUAUGUAUGUGAACACAGAUGUCAGUGUAUUUUAUAGUGAGUAGAGUUGAAAAUACAAGAUGCUGGUGCAAAAGACCAUUGAUAUGGUGUCUGUUCAGGUAAGAAUGUAUACCUUUAGGCCAGCAUCAUAUCAGGCAGCAUAUCAGUCAGAAAAUAUUUUGUUGGAUGGAUACCUUUCCCCCAGCCAUUUCAUCUUGUUAAAGUUGUCAAAAACCUAUCAAUCAUUUCCAGAAGAGCACAUGUCUGAAAGGUUGCUGAGUGGAAUAGAAUACUGGACUAGAAUAGAUUGUUUUAAAGAUUUGAUGUUUAAAUUUGGUACUGUGCAUGCUUUUCACAAUUACUCAUUUGAUAGAGUGAAGGUUGGUUUAAUCUGGGACCCAAUAAACUGAUAUUGAUUCUCAGGUUUUAUGUAUCAACACUAGAGGGUCAUGUUAUUUACGACCAUUUACACCAGUUUUUUGGGACGGACUUCUGUUAUCUAGUAUAAAAAUGAAAUUGAUGAUGUACUUAAGAUAUGUAAUGCUAAUCAGAAUUGUUAUUCAUUCAUUAAAUGUAUUUGAAAAAAUAUACUAUUUGAUAAAAGGCAUUUAGUUUUGUCUUUUGAUCUCUUUUUUUUAAAGAUUGAGAACAAAUACUAUCAGUUCUUGCUUUUCAACACUUUGUUCUAUGAUCCUUAACUUGUUAUAUCUCUGCAGGUAGUAGAAUACUGUGAUUUGGAUGAAUAGUGCUCUCCAUUAUUACCCCAUGAAGAAUGGGGACAGUAUGCUGUGUGCUGCAGGAUUGGUUGGAAAGGGAGUCAUAAAGAUAUCCUGUCACCUUGUUCAAAAUUUCAGAAUCAAAUAAAUAUUUUUGAUAAAGUUGAAGAAAGGCCCAUCAUGCACCCUGCUGCCAUUGCUGGGAAAGCACAUUUGAAAGUACCUUUUGUAUUUUCAUGUAACAACACAUGAGUUUUAAACGCUGUUGUACAAAGAAAUUCUUGUUUUUUAUGUGAUGUUUUAAUAAACAAGUGACUCUUAUCUUUAUCAUCACAUACAUCCUUCAUGUUUCCUGUGGCAGCAAGUGUUCUUGAACUGAGACUAGAUUGCGCAAUAUCCACUUGAAUCCAGUCCAAUUAUUCACAUUUUGAUAUUAUUAUUUCAUUCUCUAUUAUAACCUUUUUUUCUUCAAAAUUUCCUUAGGCUGACUGGAUAGUUUGAUAACAUUGACUAAAACAGAAAGUUUUAAUUUUUCGCCUAGCCAAAUUAGCCUAUGCAAAGCAUUUGGCUUAAAUUUACAAUGUUAGAAUGAGUCCAGUAAAGGCAUUAGUGUUACAUGUGGUUAACCUGCAGAGUGCAGACCCAUUAUGCAAGCUUGAUUGGCUGGAUUAUGUAGAAACGGUGGAAGAGAAAAAGGUUACAAGUUUUAAUUUGCAGUUGAUUCUUAUUAACAUGUAUAUGGCUGCUCCACAGUACUUCUAAUUCUUAAUGCAGAAAAAACCCUAAUUAUCUUUCAUGUUUGUAAUGUUGUUUUAUUGGAUGUUACUCGGUAUUUCAUCGACGUAGAUUCACAACAAAUUUAAGACUGGUCACUCAUUUAUACCUGAAAAGGAACAUAUAUUGUGGUGGUUUUCUGACAAUACCUAUCAUUAAUAACUUGCUGCUAGUAUGCAUUUAUGAAUAAUAAUCAGCUAGUGUUUUUUUCCCACUUCAUCACACACAUGUUUAAAUGUGUUCCAAACAUGACUUAAAUUACUUUUGGCAAGCAUUUCUGGUUAAAGGAGGUUUAUGAGUUACCUUGAGUAUGAGGGAAAAAGCAAAUAUGGAAUGACCUAAAAACCUGCAAGCAGAAACUGCUUCUGGGAAAAAAAAUGCAAUUACUGUAAACUCUUGAGAGUUGAUUAGGCAUUUAAUCUGAAACAAAUGUUUCUCUAAGUUGUGCUAUUUAUUAAAGUAUUCUGACAUAGGUUGAUAUAAUGACAUUCUCAUUGCCUAGGAUCAUUUUAGUUGAGAUUUAUAGGGUAAAACAAUUGACAGGGAGGGACAUGAUCUAUGUGUGAAGUUAAACUGUUAGGCAUAUUUUUUCUGGUUUACAGUUUAUUUAAGGGUGAACUGACAGCUGCAUGCAGGGUUAUGCUGCAAACUUGCCUCUGGUCAGAUGGAUACUUUGGUCUUGAAGUUAUGGGAGCAUAGACCAUAAAAACUUUUGUCAGCCAAAGGAGCAGGCUAGUGGAUACAUGUAAGCUGUAUACUGCUGGGUGAUGGAAAUGGCUGAACCCAAGGCAUCGUGGAAUCUUGUUCAGAUGGGGCUGGCAUCCCUCUCUGUUGUUGGUUUGAGAAGUUUUUACGGGGUGCCCAACAGCAUUCUUUUAUUUGGAGCCUCUGUGACUUACUGGGUCAGUUCAGUUCUCUGUCUCCUAGUUGUCAUGGUUCCCAUACUUCUGGUUCAACUACAACUUGGGGCCAAAACUGGAAAAGGAGUGGUGGGAAGCAUAGGCCAGUAUUUUCCAUUAUUCAAAGGUUUUGGCAUAUCUUUCCUGAUAUGGCAAUAUCUAGUAUUGCUAUUUGAUUCAUCAACAAUGGGAGCAUCUCUGUAUUACACAUUUGCCUCCCUUGUAUCUCCAUAUCCUUGGGAGAAGUGUAGUAAUAUAUGGAACACUCCAAACUGCAAAGAGCUUGUUGCUGUUAAGGAAAAAGUAACAACAACAACUAUCCCAAGCUUAUUGGAGUUGAAUUUAACAGUGCUAGACAAUUUUGGCAGUUUGGAGGAAGUGUACCCAUACAGCUAUUAUAAUGUAACUUUUGAAUUCACUGAUUUUCCACGAGUGGAUCACUCACCUGCUAGUGAAUACUUUAGUAAUUUUGUUCUUGAACAAGGCCCAGUAGGGUCACUGAAUGAGGUGGGUUUGGGAGGUGUUUCAUGGCCUGUGGCAGUCUCACUGAUUGCAGUGUGGUUCCUGGUUUUCUUGGGAUCCUGCUUUGGAGUAUCAGCAUUUGGCAAGAUAAUGUAUGUCAUUGGACCAGUGGUUGUGAUCAUGUUCUUCGUGGUGCUCUCCUAUGGCCAUCUGACUUUUGAUGCUGGAGAGACAUGGAGGUUUGUAAAUCAAAGCUACAGGCAGCCUUCUUCAGUAAUAGAUGCAGAGCGCAAUAGUGGACUAUUUUUUAAGAUGGUGACAACUGCUGUGUGGAAUACCUUUUCUUUACUGUACUUCACCUGUGGCACCAUCUCCACCUUGGGGAAAUAUGUUGGGUUUGGGACCAAAUCAGAGUGUCCUCUUUACUUUUUAUGGGUAGUUUUUAUUGGUAUAAUGCUUGUAUUACCCCACAAUAUUUAUGCUUUUUAUGCUCCAUACCUUGCCGCAUAUGUGUCUCAAUUUGGUGUCCCAGUACGUGAUAUCCAUAUAGGAGAUGUAUCAGGAGAUGCUCUACUCUUCAUUUUACUGCCCGAAAUUUUCACUGGACUCCGGGUGCCCAAUGUGAUUGCUGUCUUGACCUAUGCCACCAUCACACUGUUUGGUUUGAUUGGAUUUGUGUUGGUUGUAGUGGUCAUAUUGGACCAUGUCAUGGAAGCAUUAGGCACAUGGCUGAGACCACAUCCAAUGUUGUGGAGAAUUCUGAUUACUGGCAUAUUUUGCACUGUAACUGCAUGCCUCUCUUUGGUGUUCUCAACAAGAGCUGGCUCAUAUUUGUACUUUGAAUUGAUGCCUUUCUUAUAUUCCACUGCACCUCUUCUAACUUAUUUUAUAUUCCUAAAUAUAGGAAUUGCUGUUGCAUAUGUACAAUUAGAUCUUCCAGUAUGGUCACGCACUGUAAUUGGUUCAUGGUUUAUCAUGGCAUUCAUUGCUCUGGCAACAGCAAAUUAUAUGGCUACUAUGGAAGGGUCAGGUUUUUUUGAACACCCCUGUGAACUUCUUGGUCUGAGGGAGAUGCCAGACUGGAUUUGUGGUGUAGGUACAGCCAUUUCUUGGAUCCCAUUAAUUGGUGUGCCAGUUGGACUUUUCCACAGCUUAAUUACAGCACCUGGGACUUGUUGUCAGUGUCAGCUGAAACUUGGUGCCUUAAUAGUCCCAGACACACACCAAAGAGCUGAAGAACAGGAGGAUGAAAUGUAUCCUGUGGGCUCCUACACUCCCCUCUCACAGCAGCCAAGACCACCGCCUGUCAUUGAAAUAGAGGACAAGGUCACUGUGUUUUAAAGGAGGUUUGAGAAUCUCACACUGGGAUGAAACAUAGUUUUCUUAAGCCAGUUGCCAAGAUUAGAAGUGUUAUUAGACCAAAAUAUAUAAUAUCAGACUUGCCUAAGACAUUUAUAAGAGCAUGAUGCAAUUUUUAUGCAGCAUAUAGACCUUUGCAAAGAGAUAUAUAUUCUCUGUAGAAUUCUCAGUAUAUUUUUGGUGCUUUAUGUUUGAUAGAUACUCAGUAAUUUCAGCAUAAGUGCAGAUUAUAAAAAAUUCAGAUGAUACACACACAAAAACAAGGCCUCUGCUUAGAAGAGAAGAGUCUCAAGUUCAAUUUUGAUAAAGGUUUUAACUCUACUGUAGACUUCAAUUGCAUAUUUAACAAAUAUAUUUAUGCUAAAUAUUUCAGCAAUGAUACUCACACAAUAUGUGCCGUUUUCUUUAUGGUAAUAAAUAUCAUUCAUGCAUCAAUUAAUAGUUUAAAUUAAAGAUAUAAUAAGCCAAGUUCUUAUUUUAUGUGUUUAAUUUAUGUGAAUUUGGCACGUUUAUAAUGGGAAUAUAAUUUUUUAUCAAAAAUUACUUAGUGUACUGUGGUCAACAGGACUAAGUUUUGAAGCAUUUCUUUUUGUUGACAUGUUGUGACACUAUUUCACCAUUCAUGGAUAUAAUUAGUAAGGUCAUUAAUUGGUAAGGUCAGCUUGGUUUAUUGAAAUGGUUGUUUGAAAUAACUAUUUAUAAGUAUUGUCAAGGUCACUAUUGGUGAAAUUUUUUGUACCUUCUCUGUGCCUGUCAAACUAAGGGUAACAGUUCUUGUUAAUCAUUCAAAGAAAGAAAAUAUUCAAGGGGUGUCAAGAAGAUUAAAUUAGAAUAUGAAAGAUCUCAUUGAUUAUCAUUCUGAAAACUUUUCUUUGUUAGCAGUGAUACGUUCUCAUGGUAGUAGGUCAUGGCUAAUUGUCAGAAGAAUUUUAGAUGUUAUGUAAACGUCGUUUAUUUGCGUGUAACACAUUUUAUUGUUUUCAAUGGAUAUAAUAAUUUGUAAUGCAGGCCAUGGUUAUUGAGAUGUGCACAGUGUAAUUUGUAGUUAAUGUAGACUAAAACUUGUUGAACCGCAUAAAAGAUACUCAUCAAGUACAAUUCUAGAAUGUAAG